GUUGAUUGGGGAAGGGAGGGGGGAACCCUAACACUGUUGAAACUCUUGAAUGGCUGAUCUCAGAAGAUAAGUGCAACUGCCUGGGGACAAAGAAGAGAAUAAUGCUGAGACUGGGGAAAAUGGUAUCACAUGUAUGGUGGAGGGUAAUAUGUCAGCAGGGAAUAUGCUUGGCUCUGUUCAGCUCACAGUGAGAAACCUUGUGGGGUGGCAGCAAUGAAGUUCAAAGAACAAAACUUUCAUCUCUGUAUCCAGCCCAGCAUUUUCAGACUGAGUAAGAGCAGGUGCUAGGGGGUAAAAAAACCACAAAAUUGCAGGUGUGAACCCACUGCAAAAAAGGGUUGGUGUCUGCAAGGGUGGAGGCAGCUGGUAGGCAGGAUUUGAACUCCUGUGGCCAUACAGCCCUGGGUCCUGUUUUUUCUGUGUGGGGGGAGGAGGGCUGCUUGUUUCUGGCCUAAAUGUGACCCUCCACAUGUACCAGUAUUUUCUAAGUCUGUGCAUGGACAGAAAACAGCUCUUGCAGCCUCAGAUGGGCUUGUUCAUAGGGAGCUCUUCACCCAACCCAUUGGCAGGACUCUUGCCUGGUUGCCAGACUAUCCAGAUGUCCCCAAGUCAAGGGGAGCAGGCCUCCCAACCCAGAGUGUUGAGAUGUAGGUCAUGGGCACCUUGGAAGGUGCAGUUUGGGGAGUGCAUCAUGGUUAUGGGAAUGUGUGUUUUCAUCAUUCCCCCACUUCAAGCUUCUAGGGCUUGUCAGUCUUCAACAAGACAGCUGGAUUGUCUGAAGCCUGAUGAGCCUUCUUUGGGGUCUGCUGAGCCUGGCUUUGGUGGUUAUGUUUCUGUCAGAGGUCUCAUAGCACUGUCUGGGUGCAGGGUGGAGGUGACAGUAGCAUUGAUACUGGUGGUUCUAGGUCUGACAGCUGCUGUUUCUGCUUUGGCAGUUUCAGGUCUGACAAGUCACUCUCAGCAACAAUGCCCUGCCUGGUGUCCAGCAGGCUGGAUUGGGUAUCAAAGGAAAUGCUAUUACUUCUCAGAGAUCGAAAAGUCCUGGAAUGAGAGCCAGGGACACUGCUCUUCUCUUGGGGCCUCCCUGGCUAUGAUUGACAGCCAAGAGGACCUGGCCUUCAUGAUGAGGUAUAAAGGCAUCGCUGAGCACUGGGUUGGCCUGUGGAGGGGGAAUGAGGGACAGCCAUGGAAGUGGACAAAUGGCACCGGAUUCAGUCACAGGUUUCCUAUACGAGGAGGGGGUGGCUGUGCAUACCUGAAUGACAAGGCGGUCAGCUCCUCAAGGUGCACCACCGAGAGGCACUGGGUCUGCAGCCUCCAGAGCAUGUGCACAGCAGACCUGGAAGAUACUACACAAGGGAGCCAGGUGCUGAAACACCUCUGACAUCUGUUCACAAGGUGAUAGUGAGGAAACCAUCCCAUGUACAACUUGCCCCAAGUGUAAAUCACGCGCAAGGCUGUGGGACCCAUCUAUAAAAUGAAUUAGGUUCAUCAGCACUCGUCCAGAGAAGACAAGACAGGGGGAAUUUGAUAGCAACAUUUACUACCUGAAGGAUGGUCCAAAGAAGAUGGAGUGAGACUUUUUUCAAUGGUGGCAGAUACAGAACAAGGAGCUUAAGUUGCAGCAAGGGAGGUUUAGGUUGAAUAUUAGGGGAAAAAAACUUUGUCACUAGAGUGGUGGUGAAGCACUAAAAUGGGUUACCUAGAGAGGCGGUGUAAUCCUCAUCCUUGGGGGUUUUGAAGACCCAGCUAGACAAAGCCUUGGGUGGGAUGCUGUCGCUGGUGCUGAUUCUGCUUUGAGCAGGGGGUUAGACUACAUGUGACCCCUUCCAACACUCAUUUUCUAUGAUUAUAAAAUUAGAUAUUCAUUGCUGCCUUCCAGCUCAAUAAUGCCUUUGUGUUAUGGACCAGAAGGGCCUGGGUACAGGGACAUGUUACCACAGAGCUGCGUCUACUGCACUGCGUCAUGUCACUCACUCCCACUGUUGUCCUAAGCUACAGCCGUUGUGUGCUCUGUUUUGGGGAUCCCUCUUUUUAGAGCCAUUUUAAAGUACAUUUCCUCCUCUCAGGCCAGGUGCUGCAGCCAAACUAAUACAGCUUGGCACAGGCACCUAGGAAAUGGCCAUACCUGGCAAAAAAACCAUGAGAGAAACAGGAGUGUGGCAGAAUACCAUCUCUGUCUGUCCCCAAACUCUGCUAUCUGACAAUCUGGCUACCAUGGUCUCUGCGGAGGGCAGACCCCUCUGGACACCAUCAGCUUCAUGUAACCCUGAGUUGUAACCUGAGCUGGAUACAUUCCUGAGGGAGGGGAAACCUGCUUCCUCUGCCUCGUGACUGGCAUCACACACCUGGGUGAGGGGCUUGGGCUCCCUGUUGUUCUAAGCAAUGCCACCCUGACUGGGAGGGGGCUAGAGACCCUGCCAGUCUACCUGGCAACCAGUGAAACAUUUCAAAUUGGUUGGCUGGCAGCCAACAGAUGCUGGCCUUCAUUGGAUCAGGUAAAUGAGGUCAUAAGGGCUAUAUAAGUGAAGGACUGCCCAGGAGGCAGGGCAGCAGCCAUGAUGAAAACUCUCAGAGAAGCUGGACCAUCUGAAAUUCUCUUUCUUGAAACUUAUGAUCAAUGAACUGCUUGCCUCCAGAGGGAAUCUCCACCUACCUCUGAAUGUUACCCAUGAGUAAGCUACCUGAGAUCUAACUAGAUAUACAGCUUGCAGUAACUCAGAUGCAUGAUCAAAGGCUACCAUGCCACUGUUUGCUCUAAGGUAUUUCUCUGAUAUUGUUCUACCCUGGACCCUAUUCCAAAUCUACUCCUUGUAACCAAUAAAAUUCUCCUUGGUACCUAG